AUGUCCCUUUCCGAUCUAGCAGAACCAGCUUCUUCCUCAUCCUCUUCAUCCUCUUCGCCUUCUUCUUUUGCAUCAUCAUCAGCAUUGACUCAACCGUCGACCAGUCAAACCAGGAUAAAUCUCACUAUACCCACUUCCUUACUUAUCCUCCCACCGACAGCGGCGUUGAUAGGACUUUCGAUAGGUCUGGUAAGAGGAGGAAGUAGAGCUAGAUUGAGAUUCUUAGCUGAGAACGCUCAUAGACAGCCUAAGACUAUACAAGGAUGGUACUUUUACACGAAAACCCGGAAUUAUCGAGUAUUUUUCGGAGCAGCCAAAACAGGUUCCAAGUACUUUUUAGGAUUAGGAGGUGCGACGGCUGUAUAUGUAUUAUUAGAUGAAAGUAUUGGGUCUAUUAGAGAAUCGAUAUUUGGACCUAGAGGUGUAAUUGAUCCUACACCUGGAGGAAGAGCUCUGCUUGAAAGUAAAUCAAUUAAUGAGGCAGAAGGUGGAGAAGGUGAAAACAGGAGAGUAGGUUGGAGGAAGGGUGGUGUGAUGUGGGAAGAUGGUUCGUUGGCAGGAGGUUUAAUGGGUUUAGGUGUGGGAACUAUCUAUCGAUUACCUAGACAAUUAUUCAUUCGUUCGAUUAUGAUGGGAACGAUAUUAGGUGGUCUUACAUCUGCAAUGCAGAUUGCUCAAGCUCACAUUGGUAAACUAAGAGAAGAAGAAGAAGCGAAAUCCACACCCGAAAUCGAUAAACAAUCGAUACAACCAAUAAUAACGGAAGAAGUGAUUCCUCCAUCAUCGGAUACAGCGAAAGAGGAUAAGGAGGUCAUUGAAAGAUCAAGGGAGUUUCCAGCGGUUGAUCAAAUACCUAUAGGAGAUGAAGAAGGUAAAAGCUGGUGGAGUAGCUUUCGCAGUCUAAUAGGGAAGUAA